GGGGUUGGGACCGGGGUUGGGACCAGUGGAGAGCGCUGGGAGCCGCUGCGGGGACGGCAGGGCUGAGGCACCAUGCGGGCAUCCCUUCUGCUGCCGCUGCUGCUGCUCGGUGUUAGUUCUCAGGAUGAUACAAAGCAAAGUACUGCAAGCCCAUCAGAAAAUGUGCAGAAAACCACGGCUACAAGCACCAGCAAUACACAAAGGACCACCUCUACAAGCAGUCCAGCAAACCCACAAUCCACCGCUAAGGUUUCACCUACCACAGCUCCAGGGACCAACUCACUGACCACCCCUGCGAUAUCACCCCUAGCUGUUCAAAGAACCACCCCUACAAGCAAGACGCCACCCAACCCUGCGACAUCAUCUGCCGCAGUUCAAAGGACCAGUCCCACACCAACCACCUCCACAAUGUCAUCACAACUGUCAAGCGGCUCUGGAGCCUCAGCAGCCAACCCUGCUGCAACCUCCAGCACAAAUCAGACCAGUUCUGCAGCCAGCUUGGGAAGCUUGGCAGCCACCACAGCUGCAAGUCCUGCUGCCACUCGUGUGAUCAGCCCUACAGCCGCCCCAGGAAGUUUAGGGCCUGCUGUCACAUCCUCUUCCAGCAUGCAAGCUCAGGGAAGCCAGCCUUCAAACCAGUCGACCAGCACCACUGUGAGCACCGGGGUCUCAACGAGCAGCCUUUCUCCUGGGCUCAAGAACUAUGGUGUCUUUUCUCCCACAUCUAUCACCAAGCAGCCUCAACCUUCUCCUAGUUCUCCAGUCCAUGGACUGGUCUCUUCCACCAAACCUGGAAGCAUUAAUACUUCUGUUACCCCUUUUGCUGGAUCCGUCUCCUCCACCACUAGUAAAGCCACUCUGACUCUAUCACCUGGAAGCGUUGAUAAGGUCUCAAAGGCAGCCACCACGCAGACUACUGGAGCAGACCAGAGAAGCCAAACCCCUGGAUCUGUGCCAACCAAACCUGCAAGUGCCGACCAGAGCCCUGCCAGUGCACAGCCAUCAGCUCCAGUCCCGGGGGACCAGACAGCGAGCAGCUGUCCUGGCCACCAGCACCUUAACGCUUCUUUCCAAAAUGAGGUCAUCUGUAAAGACCAGGUGCAAAAUAACUGGCCCACCAUGUACCUGAAAGAAGCCAGAACCUGUGCUGAGUGGAGGACCGCCAGUGUCAACAUCUCCUUCUUUGAGAGCUUCUGCUCCACGGGCCAGCAUGUUUUCAACGCCAGCAGGGAAUCGUGCACGGUGAUGCUGACCUCCCGCGAGCCCCGCUCCCAGCACUGGGCUGUGCAGGCAGUUGUUCAUCUACCUUUGGAUCCUGAAAAAGUCCUUGAGGAGCUGAAGGAGAAGGACAAGUUAGAAGAGCUUGGCAUCGUCAACGUCACCUAUGACAAAAUGGAAAGGGAGAUGAUCAUCAAUGAUGAGUUCAGCACACCCCUGAUCAUCACCAUUGUCACCUUGGCUGGUUCCCUGCUGCUGAUUGCAGCCAUUUACGGCUGCUGCCACCAGCGCUUCUCCCAAAAGAAGGACCAGCACAUCCACCCUGAUGUCCCCGGGUUUGAUGAUGGACAUGUGGCCCUGAUCUUUAAUCAGCGCCUGACUGAGGAGCUGCAGACAAUGGAAAACGGCUACCACGAUAACCCCACGCUGGAGGUGAUGGAGACCUCCUCUGAGAUGCAGGAGAAGAAGGUGAACCUCAACGGUGAGCUUGGGGACAGCUGGAUCGUUCCUCUCGACACGCUUAUGAAGGAAGACCUGGAGGAAGAGGAGGACACGCAUUUAUAGGAUACAGAACUCGAUCAAGCAAAAAAAUGACCACCGCCACCCCCACCCAAAAAAAACCCCUCAUAAUCCCUACACACAGACAAUUCCAAAAGAAGGCAGAAUUCCCAACAAACCCCAGAAAAAAUCCCUUAAUAAACUAAUCACACCCCCUUGUGCCACCACAUGGGGUGCAGGAGGGAAGGAAGAGGGACACAAGAAGACACCUCCAGGGCAUGUCAUCGACACAGACCACAUGGUUGUCACAUCCAGACGAGCAUUCUCCGUCAUCCGCAGGUGCUUAGCAGGACCUACCACGCUAGACCUGAGCAGACGCGGUCAAACAGGGUGGCUUUGCUCCCAAACAGCUACUGGUGUCUCCUCCAAGCAUGUCCCUUCCUGUCCCACAUCCGAAUGCAGCCUCCAGCUAUCGAGUGACUCGAAAAAAUAAAUAAGUGUAAAUAGGAUGGGAGAGGGAGCACAACUCCCAACAGCAAACCAGCACCUGGCAAUUAGAGCUAGAAAAGUCCUCUGGCCCACACGGUUUAGUCAUCACUCUGCCCUCCCUGACAUGAAACGCCCAGGUAUCAAGCGGAAAAAGCUGGAACAGCCUGUUCCUUUUUAAUCCAGUUUCCACCCUCUUCCCAUUAGCUGCUGGCUAAAACCUACAAGAGCCCUGCAUUGUGCCACAGGCAAAUGAAAGCAUCCGAGUCCCGGCUCCACGGGAAGGAUGCAGCAGUGCCAAGUGAUGCUCAGCCAUGUGCCACCAAGGGCUGCGGGACAGAUCCUGCACCUGGUUGGAGACCAGGAGAGGUGCAGCAGCUUCUUGUAUUGAUGCAAAGGGGAGGGAAAGGGAAAGGAAAAGGAGUCAUUCCUUGAGUUCAACCCUCCUAGGAAGGGUUUAAUGAGACAAAGAGCCAUGCCUGGUCGCCAGCCCAGGCUCAAGGUUGGAGGUUUCAUGGUGCAGUUGCCCAGCUCCAGCUUAGACCAGCUCUGUCGCUGCAUUUCCCUACAGAAGUGUUGAUUGCCUUCCAGUAAUUAUGCAGCUGCAUCUUACAGCCCAUGUCCAUCCUCCCCUGAGAUGGCAGAUUAUGAGCAUUGUUAUUUUUGUGGUCAUCUUUUCCUGCAUGAGCAGCAGAAAGACGAGCAUGAGCCAGGUAGCUUGGUGGUAUUCAGGGUUUUCCAUCGGUACAGCCCUCAAUUUUUCCUUCCCAGGAGGUUUAGAAGCUCAGUCCACAACCUCAUGAUUUUCUUCAAAAGCAGGUAAAAUAGCAGAGACCUGCAAAGAAAAUUCCAUUUCAGCAGCAAAGCUGGGACUGAGCUUCAUCCUGUAGCCCUCGAUCUUUUGCCCAGGUCUCCCUUCGCUAUUAGUGGCUGGACUGAGGCAAUUUCUGAUUUUCUACUCCCCGUCACAGCUCCUAAAUGGCUCUCAAAGCAUAGGGAGAGUUUCCCACCUUUGUUCUGGUUUCGGUGAAGCAGCUCAGCCCCAGCAGAGGCAGGAACUGGAGCAGGGCUCCAUCCUCCAACACACAGGGAAGAGGACCAGGUCGCUUGAGGGAUUGCAUCUCCGAACGCAUGAGGGUGGUGGUGGCCCUGAGCCCUCUGUAAGGCAGAGGGGCUGCAGAUGGACCUCCGAGAUCUUAUAGCAAUCUUCCAGUACCUGAAGGGGCUACAGGAAAGCUGGGGAGGGACUGUUCACGAAGGCUUGUAGUGAUAAGACGAGGGGGAAUGGGUAUAAACUGGAGAGGGGCAGAUUUAGACCAGACAUAAGGAAGAAUUUCUUCACCACAAGAGUAGUGAGGCACUGGAACAGGUUGCCCAGGGAGGUUGUGGCUGUCCCAUACCUGGAGGUCUUCAAGGCCGGGUUGGAUGGGGCUUUGAGCAGCCUGAUCCAGUGGGAGGUGUCCCUGCCUAUGGCAGGGGCUUGGAACUGGAUGAUCUUUAGGGUCACUUCCAACCCAAACUAUUCUAUGAUUUUAUGAGGAGCGAUCCCACUGCACAGCCCUUCCUCUCCCCUGCUCGCCAUAAACCCUGCAUUCAGCAACCCAUGAUGGGUUGAUUUCCUUCGGGCUCCACCACCAGGUCAUACACAAAGGGGAUCUGCUCCCAUAGCCACGCUGAAAGAGGGGAAAAGUGGAGCUGAGCAACAGAAACCUUGGAGAAACCCAGAUUGAGUGGGUCCUCAGGAAUACUCAUGAAGGAGAGAGUCAGGGUGGCCCCAGGACAGAAGGUGGUGGAAGAGACGUCUUCUCCAAGGGACUGGCUCUUCUCCCCUCUCUCCUGCACCGAAGGGCAGAGUUUGAAGUGUUCAAACCUAUAUAUUUUUGUAUGUAAAUACUCCUGCUAGUCAUUAGUGAUGUAUUCAGCACACUUCACUUACCUGUGCACUGCACGGCGGGGGAGGAAUUUCGGAGGGGAGGGCAUUAAGAGGAAAAAAAAAGGAAGAAAAAGCUUAAGGCCAGUCUUGGUAGGAAUCCAAAUUCGACACAAAGCAGAAAACACCUCCCACCCAGAUAACUCCAUACGCCACAGCUUUGUUCCUGCUCCAGCAGCAUUGUGUUCAGCUCCAACAUUGCAGCGAGGCUCAAAGAACCCAUGUGGGUGCUUGCAGUUGCUUUCGUGAGGAUGUUUGUGUCUCAGCUGCCCCAAGAGCCAAGCGGCUGGCUGGUGACCUCGUGUUUGUCCUGUGCAGAAAAAAAAUGUGGUGAAACCACAGGGCAGCAGCGAGGCUUUGGGGCUGGCGUUGCCGUAAGGGUGACCCUGGCAGAGCAGCUCCAGGUUUCGGGUUUUGGCAUGUGCCUAAGAUCCCCCUUCCCAGUGAAGAGCUGCCAAAGUGCUUUAAUGAAUCAGGUCCAAAGACUUUCCAAAAGAACCCUACAAAGGCUUGAGAUCAAGCAACCUUAAAUCUUUCCGAGCAGAGACCAGUGAAGAUCUGAAAUGCUCAGCAAGUGCUUAUAGUGAUUUAUAUUUGAAUAGGAAUUGUACAUUUAUUUAUUUUUCCAGACACCAUAUUUUUAAACAACUAAUAUUUUAUAGCAGAUUUUCCUUCCCCUAUUUAAGGAACUAUUUCCAUGGAAAAAAAGAAAAAAACAAAAAACCACAGUACGUUUUUUGUGUUGAGAACAUUCUUUUUGCAAAAAAAAAGAAAAAAAAUAGAUCAGGUAGGAAAUGCAGUGAAGAGCAUCUUUGGCCUUAAUCCUUCCCAUCGUAGAUGUAGCCAUAACUAUUAGACCAAAAAUAAACUAAAAAAUACCCCCCUACCCAGGCACUCCCUCCCUCCCUGCCCCUCCUCCCUUCCCCGCGCGCCUCUUCUCUCCCCUAAACCAACUUUAACAUUGGACACGUUGUACAAAAGAGGUUCUUGCUCUUACCUUUGGGUGAGCGUUCUACAAGCAGCUCAGGAGGCCUUGCAAGAGACUUUCCUGUUUUCAGGUUCACAAGGAAUGUGUAAAUAUUUUAGGACCAUUUAUCUCCCGCUCGCAGCGCCGUGAUCCAGCUGACAAGGUUGAUACUGUGACUGUUGCCUACAGAAGACAUAAUCCAUGAGGGACUUCCGAAGGUGGCUUCUCGUUGGACGUUGCACACAUAUACUAGAGCUCUUACGUACUGUAUAGCAGCAUCUCUCACGGGGACAGGAGUCUGAUUUACACUGGAAUUUACUGAGGAACUGGAUUGUAGAGAUUAUUCUUGCAUUUUCCUACAAAUAUAUUUUGAAAGCAUCAUUUAUUUCUGUCAAUAAACAUUCUU